GAGAGGGGGGGAGUAGGGCGGAGGGUGGGCGUUAGCUGGCGCUUGGUCGCGAGAUGGCGGCGGCGGCCUUGUACCUGGAGCACUACCUGGACAGCAUAGAAAACCUUCCCUGUGAGCUACAGAGGAACUUCCAACUUAUGCGUGAGCUGGAUCAGAGAACAGAAGACAAGAAAGCAGAAAUUGACAGUCUUGCGGCUCAGUACAUUUCAACUGUGAGGAGUUUGUCGUCGGAUGAACGAGUGGAAAUCCUGCAGAAGAUUCAGAAUGCCUAUGCAAAGUGCAAAGAGUACAGUGAUGACAAAGUGCAGCUGGCCAUGCAGACUUAUGAGAUGGUAGAUAAACACAUUCGACGGCUGGAUGCUGACUUGGCACGAUUUGAAGCUGAUUUAAAGGACAAGCUGGAAGGCAGUGACUUUGAAAACCCUGCAACACAAAAUUUGAAAAAGGGACGAAUUCCAAAGGAUAAGAAAAGCUCCCGAGGUCGAGGUCGGAGAAUAUCUGAGGAAGAGGCUCCAGUAAAAAAGAAGCCAAAACGAAGGUCUGAAUUAGCUGAUACCAUCCUCUCAGUUCAUCCUUCUGACGUCCUGGACAUGCCAGUGGAUCCAAAUGAACCCACAUAUUGCUUGUGCCACCAAGUAUCCUAUGGAGAAAUGAUUGGCUGUGACAACCCUGAUUGUCCAAUUGAAUGGUUUCAUUUUGCUUGUGUGGACCUUACGACAAAACCCAAAGGGAAAUGGUUUUGUCCUCGCUGUGCUCAGGAGAAGAAGAAGAAGUAGAUGGGAAUGUAUAAUCUAAAAGAAGAAGUUUAAUAUAUUCAUAUAUGUUGCAAAAUUUUAUCUUUUUUUUUGUCACUGACCCAUUUGUUUAAUCUGGUAUUUAUCAGUGGCCAGUUGUAGUUUCUUUAUCACAGAGGGAGCCAUCCUAAUUGGAAAAGAGGUGUGUGGAGGAAGUUCAUGUGUGAUAUUUACCCAGGUUACAUUUCCAUGGCACUGUAAUCAAUGUUAUGAAGUAGCCCUGCACUGGAAUUUCUGCUCACAUAACUGAAGUCUGUGAAGUUGCCUAUGGCCUUGCAUGUGAAGAUGAUAUCAUUUGUUGUUAUCAAAUGUGUGAUCAUUCUGCACUACACAAUAUUUAUGAAGGAAUUUAAAAUCUAAUUGUACAUUUCCAAAACCAUACUAAAUACUUAAAAGAAGGGGAUUCUCUUUUUGAAUGUGCAGUUCUGCUCCUUUAGAGAUGAGCUGCAAAACAAUGAAAGCUUUCUUGGAAAGACAGAAAAAAAGUAAAAGUAUUAUUUUGUUAAAGUCUGUUCCAUGUUGGACAGUUGUACACCUGCUCUCAUUAUUUCUGAUUUGUAUGUUACUUCCUCUGGACUUCAUUCUGGUCUUGCUGGUAUUAUACAAAAAAGACACAGGUCUUGAAGAUGCAGAUGAAAUCAUGAAACAAAAAUUAGUGAAAUUAUUUUUCGCUAUUAUUGUUGUAUGUCAAUAAUUAACAUUAAAGUAAAUAAACAAUCAGUCGAACUAGCUUUAAAAGGUCUCCAGUUUUAAGAAAGUAGAGAUUCCUGUGCCUGUGUAACAGCCAAGAUAGAAAUAGAAAUAUAGAAUUAUAGAGUUGGAAGAGACCACAAGGGAUAUUUGGUAAGAUCUUAUACAGAAGCUUAAUUGAUGUGAAAUAUCCAUGCUGUGAGUAUAAUCAGCUGCCUCCUAGUAUAAAAAAGCAUCUCAUAUUGAAGAUAGACAAUACUGUGUAUUUUUCUCACCAGAAAGUUGAAAAUAGCAUGACAGAGCCAUGAUUGUCUGUAAUGUAUAUAUUCUUGUUCCCUGUCUGGUAAUAGUGUUUGCCAGCUUCAAAAACUACAAAUUCUCUUUGGGUAACAUAACCGGAAAAAAGAUACACAUCUCUGCAUCCUAGACAGAGAUGGUUCUUUGCCUAUCACUUUCAUUUGAUAGGCAUAUUCAUCCAUUUCCAAAUUUAUAUGAGAUGGAAGUUCAGAAAGGAUAACUAAUAUUCUAUACAAAUGGCCAGUUUUCAUUUCUCCUUAUUUGUAUUAUGGAGUAAGUAUGGCUGUAUAUGUACAAAUAUAACGCACAGAGAUAUGCUGUCUGUUGGUAGGAAUGUGGAAUUCGUUAAUAAUUUUCUUGUAGACCAAGAGAUGGAUUCUGCACUACUAUAACUGACACAGCAUAAUGACAGUAGCAUCACAGUGAAUAUUGCUUUCAAUCAGUAAAAUAAAGGGAAGAAUUGUCAACAGACAAAAGAUUGUAAAAAAAAAAGUUGUAGCCUUAAAAUAAGGAGACAAAGGCAUUACUCAAAUAACUUGGCUUGCUUCUUGUUAUGAAAUAAUGUUAAAUUUUGACUGCUUAUUUCACAUCCCACCUUUGCAUAUAGCUUAGUAGGCUGGAGUGGGGAACAUUUCCCCCUCCAGAUGUUUUGGAUUUCAGCUUCCGGAAGCCUCAACUAGAAUGCCUACUAGUAUGAGAACUAUAGUCUAAAACAUCUGGAGGAGGCCCAAAGGUUACACAUGCCAAUUGAAGGCAAUAAUACAAUUCAGUGAUGGUUUUCUCAUUUUAUAUUCCCUAUGACUGCAUUCACUUUUCAAUGUUCACUGUUUUCAUUGUAGGGAGGGAAAUAAUUUUGAUGUUCUAAUACCCUAUUGUCAUAAUUUGCUCCCAGAAUUUUGCAUAAUCAUAUAAUUUUUUGCUAUUUACAAGAGGAAGUGUUCAUUCUGAAACUUUUGUUCUCUCAAUAUUGUAUGCACAAGUAGGGAGCAAUUUCAAAAGCAGGCAUUAGACCCCUUAGACCAUGAAGAAUUACUUUGAGGGAACAUGUUCUUGUAAAGCUAAAGUGCAGGAAGCACAUACCUUUUAAUAUAAAGUAAACCUGCAGAAGCUGUGGUCUGUUAAACUGAAUAUGGUCUACCAUGCUUGACAAUCCUUUUGCAAUCCCAAUCAAACAGAGGGGGAAAGAGUCAGUGAUUACCUUAUAGCUUUAUCAAGCAACCAUAAAAGUGGCUUGCAUAUAGGCUGUGCUGAUGGGUAAUGAUAUUUUCAGCCUGCAUUACACUGUGAGUAUUCAUGACUCUAUAAUUCAGUAAUUAAUGAGUAGCACUUAAGGCUUUUAAUGCACUAUUCUGGACUAUAAGACAGGAUGGGAUUUGUUACUACUAUGAUGUUCCUUAUGAUCUGUUUCCCCUUCUUUUUGAUUAGAUUAUGAUUAGACAACAGAAGAGUAGUGCUGUAGGUUAACAUAAAUCUUGAAAUCCCUUGAUUGUUUCUGCAUAGACAAUGCUGCUAUGUAGCUACUGAAGCAAACUAGACUGUUACUUUACAGUGAGCUAAAAUUGAGUUCAUGUAUGAUUCCAAAGAAUUAUGACUUUUUUCCCUCUUCGGGAGGCACUAGAACAGUAGUCAAGAUAUAUAGGAGAUACAGUUUAUAAUCAGUUUUUGAAAUACAGGCUUGGACUGAGCAAUAAAGGUAUUUCAUGUAAAUGUUGCCAUCUGGAAGAAAGGCCCCAAGCUGAUUGUCAACUGGAUCAUUGUGUUCAGGAUUGUUCAAUUUAUAUAGAUUACGAGUAUUUGUCAUCUUGAUUCUGAUCUGCAGAGAAUGUAUUCCCUUGAAUUUUGAAUGUAUCCUUUCUCAUAAUUUUCCCUUUUGCUUGUCAGGAUUUGAACACAGAGAAGACCUGAGAAUGGGUUCUCUCCCUCUUUAAAAGAUAACUGACAUAUUUUGUGAUAGUCAUCUUUUUUCCAUAGUUUCUCAUAAGUAAACAGAUGUCGCAGCCUAAACUUCCUUGUCAAGGAAUUAGAUUUGUUUCCUUUUUAAAUUGAAGAGAAUAUUAGAAAUCUUUUUAUUAAAAUGUGAAAAUGUAUAUCUGUAUUUUUGAUCAUGUUAUAGAUAUGAUAGGUAUAUUGUUAUAAAUAAAGUAUUUUUGGGAACAAAA